CACGCGCACGCACGCACGCACACACACCCGUCCGCCUCCGCCUUGGCAAGAGAGGCCGGGGCGCGCACGGCGCACUUCCAGGCCCGUGCGAGGCGGGGCAGAAACCGCGGGGCGGCAAUCCGAGGCAGCGCGGGGCUUGGGCGGAAGCGGGGAGGCGCUGCCGCCAUGGAGGCGCUGCUGCUGGGCGCGGGGUUGUUGCUGGGCGCGUACGUGCUCGUCUACUACAACCUGGUGAAGGCCCCGCAGUGCGGCGGCAUCUGCAGCCUGCGGGGCCGGACGGCAGUGGUCACAGGCGCCAACAGCGGCAUCGGCAAGAUGACAGCGCUGGAGCUGGCGCGCCGGGGAGCGCGUGUGGUGCUGGCCUGCCGCAGCCGGGAACGUGGGGAGGCUGCUGCCUUCGACCUUCGCCAGGAGAGUGGGAACAAUGAGGUCAUCUUCAUGGCCUUGGACUUGGCCAGUCUGGCCUCGGUGCGGGCCUUUGCGACUGCCUUCCUGAGCUCUGAGCCUCGGCUGGACAUCCUCAUCCACAAUGCCGGGAUCAGUUCCUGUGGCCGGACCCGGGAGGCCUUUAACCUGCUGUUUCGGGUGAACCACGUCGGCCCCUUCCUGCUGACACAUCUGCUGCUGCCCCUCCUGAAGACGUGCGCCCCUAGCCGCGUGGUUGUGAUAUCUUCAGCUGCCCAUCGGCGUGGGCGCCUCGACUUCACCCGCCUGGACCGCCCAGUGGUGGGCUGGCAGCAGGAGCUGCGGGCAUAUGCUGACAGUAAACUGGCCAACGUAUUGUUUGCCCGCGAGCUCGCCACCCGGCUUGAGGGCACUGGUGUCACCUGCUAUGCAGCCCACCCAGGACCUGUGAACUCGGAGCUAUUUCUGCGCCACAUUCCUGGAUGGCUGCGCCCACUUUUGUGCCCACUGGCUUGGCUGGUACUCCGGACACCCAAAGGAGGCGCCCAGACACCACUGUACUGUGCUCUACAAGAGGGCAUCGAGCCCUUCAGUGGGAGAUAUUUUGCCAACUGCCACGUGGAAGAUGUGUCCCCAGUUGCCCGAGACGACCGUGUGGCCCACCAGCUGUGGAAGGCCAGCAUGAAGCUGGCAGGGCUUGGGGCUGAGAAAGAGGAUGAACCUGACCAAGAGCCCCCGCUGGAGGACCUAAGGACCCCAUCUUCACCGAGCACCCCUUACCCUGCAGAGCCCGCAGUUUCUGAACCCUCCUCCCCUGGCCCUCAGAGAUCACCAGACUUGUCUAAGCUGACCCACCGAGUUCAGGUGAAAACUGAGCCUGAACCCCAAGUCUCCUAAACCCCAGGCCAGGAUGCUUUUCCUGGCUCCUUGACCCCUGUAAACCACAGCUGUAUGCCAGGCCAUUCUCUGGGCACUGAGGGGUCUGCCAUGUUUACCUCCAUGGUUACUUUCUGGGGCUCUGGGUGUGUCCUGGAAGGAAAUAUUUCUUCCUGAGAGGGACAGUAGUAACCCCUGAUUCAGGAGUGGAGGGUAAUGUGCUCCUCGGGAAUUUGAAUUGCAGAUUUCCAGGCCCUACCCAGGAUGGUUCAGAUCAGAUCUGGGGCAGAGCCAGGGAAUUUGUGAUUUGAUGCACUGCCAACACUGAGAAGGAGUGAACUAAGCCCUUUGCAACCAUCUAGCUAGGUAGUUACCCCACUUUGGCCCGGCAUGGUGGCGCCCGCCCGUGAUCCCAGCACUCUACAGGCUGAGGCAGAAGGAUCGUUGAGUUUAAAACCAGCCUGAGCUACACAACGAGACCUUGGCUCCAAAAAAAUCGCCCCAUUUGACAGAGCCGGGAUAAGGUCCGCAGGAAAAGAGUCCCCCAAGGACUACACCAGUAAGAACCGGGACUGCAAUUUGGGACCUGGGGGUCUACCAUCAGGACCCACUGCUGUAAGCUGGGUGCCCCGAGGUGGAGCGGGGCAGUGGUUAUCGAGGUGCCCCAAGGCAGAAGGCAGACGCUCCCCGCGGCGCCGUAGGACUGGGUCCCUUAGGGUGGAGCCCCCAGUAAUAAAGCGAGUUGACGGUUUGA